AUGAUUCCCAACAAUUUGGAAAGACCAGUGAUGGGUUGGAAAGAGGGAAACAGAGCUGACUCGGCUCUGGACACUAUAACAGAGGAGCUAUUUUCUGCACCAAUCAGCAAACUUGCCAUUACUUUGAGCCUCAUGAAGAAUCAUGGACUUGUAGAAUCUGCCCUUAACUAUGUCAAUAACCCAUUGCCCAUCCACAAUAUUCAUGACUGA